AUGUUGUCACGAGUUACGCUAUGGCGACGUAGAAAGCGUAUUAAAGAAAUUCGUAGUCAAAUGAUAGCAAAUAAAUGUUCAUUUUUAGAUGAAGAAUCUCUUGAACUGGCAUCAUCGUCAAUCUCAAAUAGUAUUAGCGCGAAGGGUUUUCCUGAUAAUGAAGCACGACCAAUCAAUGACUGUGAAUAUCAAUUCAGCCAUACUAUAUCUGAUCCAGAUUCUAAUAUAUCAAAGACAACUGAUGAAGCAGAGUGUGUACCAGAUUUUAAUGAAGAUCAAAUGUGGAUUGACGAUAAUGUGAAAGAGAGUGAUCCAUGGAUGAAUUUAACGAUUGAGCCCGUGUUUCAAUAUCCUGUUAUGGAGAAUCAAGAAUUGUUUGUUAAUAUGACUCGGGAUCCAGUGGAAAAGGAAAUUGCAGCAGCACUUGUUCUAUUAAAAGUACGUCAUCGAAUAUCAACUAAAGGCAUGGACGAUAUAUGCAAACUCCUGAAAAUUUUAAAAACACCAAAUGCUCCACUAAACUUUUCUCGAAUUAAACGACUGUUUUUUAGAAAUUCCUCACCAGCACUUUCAUCAUCGAUAAGUUUUAUAUGUUCGGCUUGCUGUGAUGCAUCAACGUCAUCAAAUCAUUGUAACAACAUCAAUUGUUCACAGCAUGCUUCAUACCAAACUCCUCCACUACAAUAUUUUAAAUUAUCUAUACUGCAACAACUGAGAGAAAUUCUUGCUUGCGAGCAAGAUUUAAAUUUUGAACAUCAAAAACAGCCAUCGUUGAAUUCCGAUUUACUCAACGAUAUUUAUGAUGGAGAUAAGUAUCAACACAUUAUUAAAAAUGAGAUAGGCAAUAGAUUUUUAACUCUGGUUAUGAAUGCUGAUGGUGUUCAAGUAUCGAAAGAUGCUAGUUUAUCUCUUUGGAUUAUAACGUUUGCAAUAAAUGAAAUAAAACGAAGUGAACGGUUUAAAUUGAAAAAUAUAAUAAUAGGUGGUAUUGUUUCAUGCCCAUCGAAACCAACUCGUAAUCAUAUGCGAAAAAUUUUUGCACCAAUUAUUCAAGAACUUCUAAUACUCGAAAGAGGAGAAACCUUUGAAGUUAAAAGUUUAAACGAAAAUCCAUUUAUUUGUCUUAAAACAUACUUGAUUGCGUGUUGUGCUGACAAACCAGCUCAAAGCUUGGUGCAAAGCAUAAGCGAACCAAUCGGAGCAUACGGUUGCGGAAGAUGCGAAAUAGAAGGAAUAACUGUGCCCAUCAAGCCAAAUUCGAAGAAAAAAAUUCGUGUUUUUCCUCUUGUUACUGCUCACCAACAACAACCUCGUUUACGAACCAAUGAAACAUAUGAUGAAUUUAUGAAGAUUUAUGCACAAGAACGUUUCAAGGACACCAAUGAAAUGCGUGAUCGAUUACGAGGUCAUAUAGGUCCAUGCUCACUUCGUGAUCUUACUUAUUUCGACGUUGGUACAAGUUUUUUAUCUGAUUCGUUACAUAACGUUUAUCAUGGAGUAAUGAAACGCUUAUUUCGUCUUUGGUUUGAUAAAAAAUAUCGAACACAACCUUGGAGUAUUCGUUCAAAGUUAAAGGUGAUUAGUCAUUUUCUUACUGAAGUAAAAUAUCCAUCCACAUCAACACGUAUUCCUCGACACAUAGAAAAAUACGAAAAAUAUAAAGCCAAUGAAGAAAGAAGUGUUUUAUUGCUUGGAUUUUCAGCUUUUUGUUCUGCUUUGCCACUUAAAUAUGCAAGACAUUUUUUAUUGCUUGUUGUGGCAAUGCAUAUAGCUGAAUCUCGAUCUAUUCAACGUGAACAAAUAAAAGAUAUCAGUCUUAUGCUUAAUCGGUUCUUACAGUUAUUUCCAAUUCUUUAUUCACCACGACAAAAUUCUCAAGCUGUGCACAGUUUGCAUCAUAUUGCCACAAGUGUAUUAGAAUAUGGUGCAUUAAGCAAUUACUCCACAUUCAAUUUCGAAAAUAUUUUAGGUCUAAUAACUUCAACUGUGCAUUCCACACGUCGACACUCAUGUGAAAUUCAAAAUAAUCUAAGAUUACUUCGCUUGGCAUCCAUUGAACUCGACCAUGCUUCAUUCAAUCGCAAUUUAAAACAAUUUAUCAAUGCUUGUCAGUCAUCGAAACGUUCGGUUGUUUUGAUCACAAUGAAUGAAAGUCAAACAGUUCAUUUUCGACGAGAAGAUACAAAUAAAGUCAUCCUUAUGGAACUACAACAUCUGCUGCGUCAACAUGAAAUCAAGUUGUUCAAUAUUUGCUACAUUCUUACAAACCGCUUUACUGUAAUGGACUAUCGUUCUUCUGGUCAAAAAAAUGAUAGCUGCUUAUUAUUUUUACAGGCCGGUAAACCUUGCAUUGGAUUCAUACAAAAUAUUAUUCAAGUCCAUCGUACUGAAUUGAUUUUACGAGUGUGUAAAGUGAAAAUACGAGAUCAACUAUGCCUUAAUUUCGACAACAAUAGAUUAUCAUGUCCCAAUAUAUUUUAUGGUAGUAUCGAUAUGCAAGACAAUAUUAUUUUUAUCAAAGCAAAUGCAAUCCUAGAAAAGAUUGUACAUUCGAAUAUCUUAUAUACAUUAUCAUUAGGUAGCUCAUUAUUAACUUCAUUGAUUUCUCGAUUUGGUGGUUUAUUGGAAGAAUUAGAUGUAAUUAUUGAUAAAUCAAUUCCACAAAAGAGUUCAUCGGAACUUUAUCGUGAUCAAAUAUUCAUUUAUUCACCGUUUCUCGAUGGAAAAUGUAAGCUACAUUGGAUCGUGGAAUCAUCAUUACCAUUAGAAAUAAAAAAUGUUCUUUGUGAAAACAUAAAAAACUUGAUUUGUGAUCAUUGUAUAGUGUUUCAGCAUAACAAUUCUUCAACAACAACACCUAGAUUAAAUGCUACUGAUGAUGAUCAAUCAUCAAAAACAGCAACAGCAAAAAUAACACCAAAACGAAAAAGUCUUUUUUCAAAUAUUGAACGUAAAAACAUUAAAAAACAAAAACUCGAUAAUCUUGCAUUUAUUAAGGAUGAAAUUAAUAUUUAUCUGAAUGGUGAUGAAAGCGAUUUGAAUAGAUUUAUUCUAAUUGAUCAAUCAAUUAAAUACAAAGCAUUGAACUACUUGGCAAAGAAGGUAUUCACAGUUCCUGCAACAUCAUCACCUGUUGAAAGAGUUUUCUCUCAAAGUGGCUUUAUAUUUCGACAACAUAGAUAA